UAAGAACCACUCUCGACUGUACCCAGAUCGGCAUGGUAUCCCCCUCCAGCGUAACGCCCUCGAGGAGGGUGACUCGUAGUCAAUGCGCCAGUGAUAGAGAAGCAAAUCCCAAGAAAAUUCCCCGACUAGGCAAAACUGCGUCUCGUUAUGCAGUAUCUAGCACGGAGUCCGAACUAGAGGAACCUGCAUCCACCGACCAAGAAGAAGCUGCAUCCACUGAACAAGACGAAGCUGCAUCCACCGAGCCGGAAUUUAUUGUCACCACGCCGACUUUCCCGGAAAGACUGUUCGCACGUAAUUGCUAUCCUGGCAAACCUCGACUGAACAUCUAUUCAAAGGCGAGUAUCAUUGGAUCGUUAGUGAAGUUGCUAAGAGGCUCCCCUGAAAUGAAUUGUCUGCUAGGAAAGCUAGAAGGGAAAUGUAUUCCAAUAAGCUCAACAAAAAAAGAUGACCUCCAGACGAAGCGUGUUCCGAGACGUUCAACAAAGAUUGGAGGAGUGUACACCCCACACAAGAGAUUGAAGAAGCUUUUCCAAAGCUGCAAGAAACCCAAAUAUACGCCCUUAGCAGACUUGGAGAAAGCGCAGUUUCAAGAGUUUCAGUCAAUUCUCCGCGAGAAACCGGCACAGGAAUUCGAAAUUGUUAUUGGGAUCCAUGUCUCAAAUAAGUUCUUCCUGUCGUUGGCGCAGCCAAAAAAUUGGGUCAGUACCGAGCUUCUGCUCAGUCUCAUUCUGGAGAUCCUUAAACUUGUUAAGGUGUGGGUCAUGGUCAUUCCAAAAGGUAAGAUAAUCUACCUUUUCAGACAAUUGAAGUGUGUGCGUAUCCCUGGCUCUCAUCUCCUCCAUAACCGCCUCAUCCCACCAUUUAUGAACAUGACAGUCUCCAUCAUUAACAUAAUCACACGUGUAGUAUCUUCUACCUGGAUCAUUUACAGUGCGAGAUGUUGCUAG